AUGUCCGCUCGUCGCGCAGUCGAUAAAUCCUCUGCUAAUGAUGUUGUCACUCCGUCGAAGUCCGAGAAGUCCUCUGACUCGGAUGUAACCCCUGCGGUUCCCACAAAUGUGAUUAUGAAAUUGCUGGGCUUCUCCGCCGCUAUGGUGGUUGCACCUAUUGGCAUCUACUUUGUCACGGUUGAUUUCAUUGGUGGAAGCGCCACUGUCGGCGGCAUCGUUGCAGCCAUCAUGGCCAACAUCGUCCUCUUCUCCUACGUCUACGUCGCGUGGAAGGACGACCAGGCGGAGAGAGAGGCCGAUGCCAAGCAGAAAGAGAAGAAGGCGCAGUAG